UUUUAACUUUGAUUUGAAGAUUAUAUCAAAUUGAGUUCGCUAAAAAUUAUUUGUUUAUUAUUAAAAAAACAAUAGUUAUUAUUAGUUUAAUUACUGUUCUUUAAUUUUUAUUAAUGAAAUACUAAAAAAAACAGGUCAACGAUAAAAUUACGUUGUAAGCAUGUAGAGAUUCGAACUAUUUCGUCAUCAUACGUCAUAGAACUAUUCAAUUUUGUAACCAUGAAUUUCAAUAUAAACUGUACAAGGCCGCUGGAGUUUUGUAUCAGCAGUGCUCUCAGCAGUAAGCAGUUUAUCAUUCGUGUCGGUGGCGAGCGAACGCAUUUAGACUAAUUAAAUUAAUAUUUAACAAGUAAUACUUGUACUUCGAGUAAGUAAAAUCCGGCAACCUUGAACUGAAAAAUUGUUUAAAAAAGUUUUGUAAACCCUUACACAAUGCUGCGGAGUGCUUCGAAAGUAACUAUAAACACAGGAAACGUGUUGAAUUUGAUAGAUAUAAAGAAGAAGGCUGGUCAAAAUGUCACUGAGGAGCUAUCAGAAAGCAUUAAACUCACCUUAACAGAAUGGGGCACCCAAAACGGGUCCCCAAUCACGAACGGUGCAGCACACGCAGAAUCUUCUGGACAUUCCGACUAUGUGGUGGUGUCGACGUCCGCAGCCGCUGACGAAGCGGUCGUCAACAUCACACGGCCUCAUGAUGAUGUGCAUAACAAAAUGGCGGAGGAGGAGAGGAAAAAUCUCAAAAUUGGUGUCAAGAUUUUCAUAAAUGAAGACAGUACAAGUGCUCUGACGGAGUGUUUAGAAAAUGUAUUCGCAGCCCUACGCACAGAGCACAUAGAGAACGUAAUUUUGUCAUACAACCCAGACAUAGUGCACCGAGACGACAUCAGAGAUGACAACAACCAGAAAAAUAACUUCAACAAAGCAUCUCCAAUAUCUGUUAAUAAUAGCAAUAUUGCGCGCAUGUCGAGUACUGAAGUGGAAGCGGACAAUGAAGCUGACGCCAGGAAAUGUGAAGCGAUACUUCCUGGCAUUAAGACUUUGUGGGCGGUGCUUGAAGACUAUGUUAAAAACGGGCGUGUCCAGCAGUUGGGCGUAGCGGACGUGGGCGGCGGUUGUCUGAGGAAGCUGCACGCGUGGGCGCUAGUGAAGCCCACCAUAGCGCAGAUCAACCUCGCCUCGUGCUGCGUGGUCCCGCCGUCCCUGCACGCCUUCUGCAAAGCCAACGACGUGCAGCUGCUUACACACGCCGACCCCCCGGAUCUUCUGUCAGUUGCGGCAGCUAAGACGCUGUUGGACGCGGGCAUCGGCUGCAAUAAUUUGGAUUGGUGCGCGAGAUAUCAGGUGCAUAUAAAAUGUAGGGGAGUGCUGGCUCUCAAAGGAUACGUGUGUAAGGCUACUCUGAGAAACAAGAGCUAUUGAUAUUAGUGCUUAUACUCGUAUAGUUCAUUAUAAAAAUGGUGAUACACUUCAAACUUAAAAAAUACGGUCAAAUUGAGAAACCUCCACCUUUUUUUGAAGUCGGUUAAAAAUAAUGUUGAAUAGAAUCAGUUGAUGCUUUGCAAGAGUUAAGUAGUAUUAAAAUUACACACACAUACACUGUAGUAUCUACAGAUUUGUUUGUUCGUCAGAUUUAUGCAAAGUUAAUUCGAUGUUCAUAGUAAAUAUCGAAUUUUCACAGAACAUCGCUUGCUUCUAUUCAAUGGACGUUUGAAACCUGAAUUGAUUUUUUGAACUUUAUAAUAAGUUACAAAAACAAUGGAAAAAUAAAUAUUAUUAUGUUUGUACUACUUUUUAUAUAGCAGGCAAUUUAUUUUACAUUGACAAAUAAAUAUAUUAGGUAUAGUUAUUAUAUUCAAAAAAUAAAUAAAUGUAUUGAUGAUACAUGUCAAAUCAACUUUUGUAGAAGUUAAAAUUUCAAAUAUAUUGUGAUGCUAAUAACAACUAAAUUGUGAUAUGCGUGUUUAUAGUAAUUUUAGAACUGGAUUAUUUUAAUUUUGUGUUAUAUUAAUAAAACCGUUAAUGUAUUACCAUUACAGGGCAUUUAUUUUAUUAUUCAAAUGCAAUUAUUAUUAUCAAAGCAUUUAACUUAUUUGAAAAAUAUCGAGAUUAAAAUAUCUCCCUGAAUAAAUUUAUUAAAAUAUGGAUGUUUAGUAAGUACCUCCUUAUAAAAAUAUUUAUUUAUGUAUGGAGGUGAGGAUUUAAUUCCACCUAUGGGUUUCAGUCCAGAGUAGGUCAAACUUUAAUAAUAAAAUUUUAUAUUUUCAGUCCAUUUUUCCCCUGUGCUCUUAUUUGUAGAGAAAAAAAUACAUGCUACAAAAUGAUUUUAAUAAUUAUUUUAGUAAUAAUUUUAACUCAAAUCAAAUGAAAAUUUUGGAAUUAACUUCUUGCAUUGUGGUAAAUAAAUAAACCAUUUUCAAUAUUUUGAAAUAUAUUUGUGUUUUGAAUUCUGUAAAAACCAAGAAAGAAAAUUUAUAAAAAAUUGCAACACUUUUGUAAUAUUUAUGAAAUAAUUCCUUAAUUAAUACUAUUUUGUAUUCGUUUUAGCAUUUUUCUAUAUUACAUACACUUGAUUUUAUUUACGCUAUUAUAGUUUUAAAUUCUCAUUUUAUUUUUAUUUUAUAUACUUAUUUAGUUUAUUGACACCCAAAAAGUAAAUAAAUGUACUAACACAUGUUGUAAUAACAAGUGUUUUUAAGAUACAUUAAAGGUAUAGUAUUAGGUUUGAAUGAAUUUCUAUUUCAUCCGAUUAUUGUAUUAAAGGAAGCAAAUUAAGAAUCAUAACUCAUUGAGUCCCGGACACCAGACCUGCGCCGCAUAGCCUGGUGCGAUUGACAUUCUUUCACCGAAUCUCCGCUUUCUCUGUGGCGCAUCUUCUAAAUUGGCUCAGGUCAGCAGGGUUAUUAUGAAACUCGUUGUACCAUUCAGGUGAUCACUCACUACAUCGUUUUUUAUCGUAUUUUCGUUUUUGAAAUCAUCUAACAUUGUGUUUUCAACGCAAUGACACAAUUAUCGUCAUUUUACAUAGAAUAACAUCAGUUUAGUAGUAUAGGUUGUAAAGUUAUUUUAAAGAAAAACUGUUAUUUACCUAAUUUCGUUGAAAUAAUCAUGAUAAAUGAUCGUAGAAAUAAAAAAAACAUUAGCACUUAAUGUAAAAUCAAGUGCAGUCAAGCUUAUUUCGUUUGAUUGAACGCGCUAAUCUCAGGAACUUUUAAACUUACUGUUCCGAUUUGAAAAAUAAUUUCAGUGUUAGAUAGUCCAUUUAUCGAGGAAAGCUAUAGGCUAUAUAUUAUCCCCGUAUUCCUACGGGAAUGAGAACCACGCGGGUGAAACCGCAAGGCGUCAGCUAGUAAUAAAUAAAAACUGUCACAAAACAAGUUGGUCAAAGUCGGGUGCAGAGUGGCUCUAAUGAGUAAUGACCUUAGGACGUGCUAUACAUUUACGAUCCACAUAAAUAAAUACCAUACAUUAAAUACUAAUAUAAUUAUUAAGAUGAUUUUAUUGGAAGUAUGUAUGAAAAUUGUGUUUUUUGAUAAUAUACAAUUAACUUACUCUUUUACAUAUUCUAAACAAAAUAAGUUAAGUUUUAGCUUCAUAGCUUCUAAUUUUGAAAAAAAAAACUUAUACGUAUAAUGUGAAGAUGUUUAUUUUCAAAAUAGUAACCUACGAUUGAGGAGUAUUUAUUCAAUUUUCUUUUCCAAUACUUUAUAUAGAGUAAUGUAUAUAUUAAAUUAGGUAUGUACGAUAAAAUAUUACUUAAAAUUACCAAGUGACUUAUCUCCCAAUACUGAAUAGCAUCUUAAAAGUGAACCCUUCUAUUUAAAAUACAAAAGAAAAUUUUUGAUCAUCAAUAAAUUUUAUUUAACAAAUUGUACAAGUAUUUACUUGUACAAUUGGUUAAAAUCUUCCCAUGAAUUCUCAUUAUUGUCUGAAAUCAGAAAGUUGUAAUAUAUCUAGAAGAUUUAACUAAAUAAAAAUAAAAUUUAUUUUAAUGGCAUUUUAUGGAACUAGCUAUAGCCAAGUUACUUAAUAUUAAUAUAUAUUUAAAAAGGCUUUAUUUGGUUUUUAGUAAUCGCUUGUUUGGGCCUUUAUCGACACAUUUAUUAAAUUGUAAUUCAUCACUCAUUAGGGAAAUUUAAUCGACUUAUGUAAUAGUGUCAAAAGACCACGUUAUAUUUAUUGAAACAAAAUUGUAUACUUAUUUAUAAAUUAAGUUAAAACUUUAAAGUGUUGAUAAUAAAAGUAUUUAUUACA